AUGGGUGAGACUGAUGGGCCUAAGCAGGCGUUUGAGUUUUUAUUCUACGAAGUGAUCAAAUAUUUCACAAACCAAACUAAAACCCUUUCUGACGGUCACGCAACGGCCAUGAAUUUGAUUGAAAAUAUGGGUUAUCGAAUAGGACAGCGUUACAUUGAAAAAUUGACGAGAAAUUCGCCUAGAUUUACCUCUGAGAUUGAUAUCGUUAAGUAUAUUUGUCGUACUUAUUGGCUACACUUAUUCUAUAAACCUGUCGAUUCUUUGAAAACAAAUAAUGCCGAUGUAUAUGUUCUUCUUGAUUCUGCCUUUUCAUCCCUCACUCGAAUUGAUCCAAGUCAACAGUACAACUCAAAUGUGGAAAUGAUUUUGGCUUUCGCUUGCGGUCUACUAAGAGGAGCUCUUACGAGUCUUGGUGUUAAUUGCAUAGUGAAUGCUGAAAUACUGCAGAUUCCCGCUUGUAAAUUCGUUCUUUUUUGCAUAAUCUGGAAUUCUUUCCAUAGGCCAAUUUACCAUACGUGUUUCACCGAAACCCAAAUUUAA